GACGAUUUUGGGAUGAAGAGAGAAGGGCUGAAAGGGUUCGUGAGGAAGUACAAAUAUCAGAAGAGAGGUUUAAAGGCGCAGUAUCAACAAAGAAAAGUAUCAUUUGUUCAGAAAGAUGAAGAUAACAGCAAAAUUAAUCAUGAUGUGAUACAUGAAGCACAGAAACAGUUCUCAACUGGACAAAAGAUUAGGAAAAGAAAUCGCUUUAGAACUCACAGAAUAAGCUUGAACUUAGCCCAAGACAAAAGUACAGAGAGAGACUCUUAUAGUAUUUCUAAAAAGCAUAUAAUGACAAUGAAGAGUCAGGAUAAUUGGAUUAAUGUGAAGGAAAAGCAUAAAGGAAGAAGUUCUGUGGGUAUAAAGCAGGAUGAAUCAGCUCCAAUACCUCUCAAGACGAAGACUCAGAAGAAAUAUUUAACCCAGAAACCUGAAAAGAAGAUUUCAAAAAAUAGUUCUGUGAAGAAUAUCCAGAAAACUGUCUGAAAUAUUCGGAAAUCUAUUGAAAUCCCUAAAGCUUCCAAGCUGCUGAAGAAGUCAAAUAAGAAGAUUGAUAAGAAAGUAAUGAAAGCAAUAAAUAGAGUGUACUCUAAGAUGAAGAUCCACUCCAACCAGCAGCCACUUUUAGUGGAUCUAGUCAAGACAAGAGACCGAUCAAUAACCCAACCCCAUUCUGUUUCAAUCGAGUAUAUGACAGAGAUCAAGAAAAAGUUCAAAAUGAGCCCUCAGAAGAGUCCAGAUUUCAAGCGUUGUAUGUCAGCUAGGAAGACCAAAUUCAGUAUCGACCAAAGCUUUAACAAAUGUCCUUUCAGUAUGAAGAAUCCUGAGCCCAAGAGCACUCAGUCUUCACCAAAGAAAUCUCUUGGAGGAAAAGGUAGAACAGAAUCCACCCAUUUGCAUUUGCUAGAGAACUAUGCACAAAAGCACUCAAAGCUUCUUAAGGAAAAUAUGCACUUUAGAAAAUCUUCAAAAGCCAGGCAGUCCCAAGAGCUGUGCUUGCCUAAGGAUAACGAGAGACAGAUAGUGGACGUCCGGAUGGACGAUAAAGUGCAUAAUAAGCCUCGCUUCAUUACCAUAAAGCAAAGUUCUCUGAAUUGUAAAUCACAAAGAGAAAUUCCCCUUCAAUGCAAAGAAGCAGAGGUUAGGAAGAAAACUGAAGGAGAAGGCUCCUCUGAAACUGAGGAUCUGACACAGCCUGAGACCAGAGCUACAACAGAAUCAGAGUUUGAGAAAUACUUGAAACCUACGCCUCAACCAAAGGGUACUCAUAAAGCUAAUCAUGGCUCCAAUACAAAGGUUGUACCUCAUCUUGCAGACAUUUACUUUAGCAAAACAAUAACAAAGAGAAGAAUCAGAGGCUCCUUUCAAGAGAGAACUAAUUGGGCUAUAAAGUAGAAGCUAAAAGGAGUCAAAACAAGUUAGGAAGCUAUUUAGCAAC